AAAAGUGUUCAUAACUGUUUGGUCGCAUACGAGUAAUAAACCUUGAUAUAGAAGUAAAUAAGUUACAUUAAAAAGCAAUAUUUCGUCGUCGAUAUGGAAUGUUUUGUUUGGCAUAAGAUGUUAAUAAAAGCAUUUUUGUUUGUUGCAGCCAAUGUCGUCGCCGUCACAAAUACUGUCUCCUACGAGCCUCCAGUACUGGUUUGGCCACUAGCUCCUUCAUCACCAACGACGGAAAUUAAGUUAGGAGUGAUUUCGGAAAAUAAUGGCUGCAGUCUCGCUUCCGGUCCACAUACAUCCGGAUUAGACUAUCCGUCAUUGAAGUUUACCGGAAAAAUUGGUUCCUUUGUAGAAUUAGACCUCCAGCUCACCCCUUGGCAAACUGACUUCUCCUUCUUAGUGUUUAUUUCACCGGAAAAUAUUACCCGAGGCGUUCUUUUGCACUACAAGCAAGACCAACAAGCCAUCCAAGCAUCCAAUGACUUUUUUGGCGAGUUGAUAGUAUCUUACAAUGGCGACACCCUUUCGGGAAUUGGCUUUGACCAAGCCGGACAAGUAGUCCAUUCUGUUAACAUACCAAAUCCCUUUGCUGCUCAACAAACGGGGCAGUGGUACGGUGUUGCCUUGAGUUAUGACAGACACCAAAAGGAGAUGAUUCUUUCACUUAAUGAAACGAGCGUGUCAACUUCAGGGAGUAAAAAGUUUGGUCUCGGUCUUCCCGGAAAGCUUAGAGUUGGUGGCGCGUUUGACAACGCCAUGACCCGUUUCAAUGGUAGUAUGACAUGUGCACAAGUGAAACAAGAUGAGACGCGUGUCCACCAUUUUGAAAUUGCCAUGCAAGAGUGCCUAACAGCUAAAUGGCCAACUGUGACGGCUUCGGUUGAUUUGAUGUAG